AGACAACGGCAAAGACGAUUUAACAAGUGGAGUUUUGCUAACGUUAUGAGCUCACAAUGUCAGAGAUGCGUAAACUUGACGACUUUAGCGAAACAUCGUAACUCCAAAGUGACUAUUGAGGUGAUUUGAUCGUAAAAGUUGGACAAUUGAACCGACAGCGCGAUGAAAUGUUCUGUUUAACUCGCGUUUGGUAAUAGCCAACUUACUGGAAGAUAAUGCAUUCCUAUCUAGUCAUAACAAAAAAAAAAAAAACGGUAGCGUGCGUUUUAUUGAUUUAACUCCCAAAUGAUACACUUAAAACUCGCUUGUUCCGCUCAUAAUACACGUGUAAAAUCGUAAUAGCGUAGCAGCCAAUCGAAAGACAAUUAAGCCUCGUUUAUUGUGGGAUAACUUGAGGGAUCUAUGCCGUUAAUUUGCCCAUUGGAAGCUGAAGUGAAUAGUUCUUGACGCUAACUUGACGCACGUUUUACGCACGUUUGUCUAACCACACAAAGCAACGUGUUGUGGUCCAAAGAGAAGAGAAAUACUUGGGUUUAUUUCACAGUGAAUAGACCAAGACUACAACAAAUUAACGUACUUUUUUAUGUGAUCAGUUGGAUGGCUUUACAAUGGCCGUUCACUGUGAAACAACGUGGUUUAUUUAAAUGAUGCAAUGUCUACUAUUUAAAUAUACAGUUUGACACAGUAGAUUUGCAAUUGAAACAAAGAAAUCCAUAGUAUUUUUAGUCAAAUAAUGUUAAAUAGUGUUCAAAUCAAAACUAGACCAAGAGUAAAAUAGCCCUGACAAAGCCCUGAAAAUAGACCUGACACAAGUAUGGCUACAGCAGUUAAUCACAGUAAUCGUUAUGGUAUUUAGAUCAUUAUAAUUAUCUAUAUGUGUGGCUCAUACACAAAGAUACAACCCAAACGAGUUUUUAUAACAAAGACAUCAGCAUUAUUGAAUCACAAUGUAAAAAAGGAAUACACAGGAAUAAGUUUAUAUUUUUGUGCACUUUAAGAGAUGAAAUGGAAUGGCCAUGUAUAAUCUUUUGUGAUGGUUGACAGGGUUGUCAGAAGUAUAAAAAAAAAAAAAAAAAAGAUGCUAUAAAAUACUAAAAGUAAUAUUGAAACUAGAUACUCGUUUGUGCGAGUAUCAGUACUGUAAAAAUGUCACUAACAGGAGAAAAUGUGGAAAAAUUAUGUUCUGUUUAAAAAAAAAAAGGAAUGUUUUAAAAUCUUGUAUUAUAAUCAGUAUUGAGUGAAUUCCUUUGAAUUGAAAUCAAAGUUGCGCUUUUUGUAUCUUGACAGUAAUGAUGUGUUUAGUUGCAUUUUUCAGUUCAGUAUUUGUUGAUUACUUGUAGUUUUGUAAUGUGGCCAGGUGCCAGUGUAAAUUUCUAUGCAGUGCAUUGCUCAAUAUUAUAGCAAACAGGCAGGUCUUUAUCAUCACAGUGACUCAGUACCACAGGGGGCAGUGUGUUAAAUGCAAAAACAUGCAUUUCCUGUUUUUGACUUUUCCUCUUUCUGUCUUUUUAAUUGUGGAAUUGUGUCUUUCAGUUAUUGAGGCUUAUUUUAUAUUUUUGAACCAAAUCUGUAAUUCACUUUUUAUUCAUAUUGUCUUAUAUGGUAUAAGACUUAUAGUGUGUGGACAGCUUUAUUAUAUGAAACAUAACUCUCUAACUUUGUUUUCUUCAGCUGAUGAUGUGAAGAUUAAAAGAAACAAGAAAUCUUUUAUUUAAUUUUGCUUGUAAAAUGCCAGUUAUACGUUUUUAAAGGUUGAACUAAAUGCAACAUUUCUGGUGUAGGGUUUGGUACCUCCUUGUAUCGAUAAGUUAUUGCUCUGCCUGGAAUGAUCCACUGUAUGACAUUAAACACUUGUAUGUUACAUUUAUUCAAUCACAUGUGUUUUAUUGCUCAAACGUACUUUGGUUUUUGGCUUAAUGCCAUGCUGUGGAACAGUUCAAGCAUAGCAAUAACAUCUUCAUUUAGACAUGCAGGUGCCUCACCCGCUUACAGAGAACGUUAUAUAGUAUAUAUUUAUUUUGGCAUCUAAGGUUCUUGCACUUUCUUUAGUUUGUCCUUAUGAUGAUAUUAUGACCUGUAGGACUGUAGUCGUUUAGCCAGUUGGUCGAUGGUGUCUUAGUUGACUAAAAUUUGUAUUCAUUGUUUUAUUUAGAUUAUAAGGAUUUGGGACAACAGCAGAAAUCAGUAGUUAAUGAGUGAGUCUUUAUAUAAAAAUGUUGUUUCCUAAUUGUUUUUUUUUUCAGCAUAAAUGGUUGUUUUUGCAUGAACUUCCCCUGCAGGUGUCAUCUUGUGAACGCUGUUUGGGUGUCCUCACUGACCCUGUGCGAUGCCGACUCAGUCCUUACUCUCGGUUGUGGAGAGCCCAGACGGCCUCACGCAGGACAUUCUGAUUAGCAACAGCGCCAACACCCCCGGCUCUAGCAUGACGCCGCACAGCUCCUGCUUAGAGAAGUCUAUGCUGACGACGGUCAACCAGCUAAUCUCCUGCAUGUUCUGUGAACAAACCUUCACCCAUCAAGACGAGCUAGGCCCUCACGUUUUAGCGCAACACCCAACUACUUUUCCUGAACCAACUGUGCUCAGAGUGGAAGCCGAAUUUCGCAUUCCCGGUGAAAGGAAUCGACCCAAACCAAUCCUACCUGUUGUUGAAAAAGAUGUUUACAGUUGUAUCGUUUGUGGUCUGGUAUCCCAAGAUGCACUGGAGCUAGAAAACCAUAUGCGAAAGCACAAAGACUAUUUCUACUACUGCUGUAACAUUUGCGGACGCCGCUUCAGAGAGCCGUGGUUUUUGAAAACACACAUGAAAAUGCACACGAAAUCUGGCAGCAAAACUAAAGCCUUACAAGAACUACAAGACACUCCUGUGACUGUCAACGGGGUCGUGCAAGAUGUCUCUGAACCGGUAGCUACUGUUUACAAAAUGUGUAUGGUCUGCGGGUUUUUCUUCCCUGAUCACGACAGCUUGGCCGAGCACAGCAAAGUUCACAAUCGCGAAGUGGAAUUGCAUGACAAAAAUGCAGAAAAAUGGACAAAAGAAGAGGAGAUCCAGAAGGAGACAUUUUUCCACAGUUUAAAGCUACAGCCUUCUCGAGAAAACACUACACUGCAACCGGUCAGAACCUCAAAAUGGAUCGCCCAGUUGGAUCCUUUCAGUACUUACCAAGCCUGGCAACUAGCGACCAAAGGAAAGAUAGCAGUCGGGCCGAAUAACGCUAAAGAUAUCGGACAGGAAGCGAGCACAGAUAAUGAAGAAUGCACGUCAGAUAAGGAGGAGCUGAAUCAUAUUCUGGGAGAAGGACACACGGGGGACAAGGCCAGCAAAGAUGGCCGCCCCCCUCCACCUGUGAUUAUAGCUCCACAGCCUCAGCGGAGGUCACUCAUUCAAAAGGACAAGAGCAAAGAGAGGCCCACCACAUGUGAAGAAUGCCACAAAACAUUCAGGACGUACCACCAGCUGGUGCUCCACUCCCGGAUCCACAAACGAGAGCGUCCCGGAGAGGAGAGCCCCACAGCGGGUCUGGAGGGGAGACUGCACCGGCCUGGAGCUCUGGACCAUGACGAAGAAGAGGGGCAGGACGAGGCGCCGCUCACAGAGAUACUGGGAUCAGGUGAAGAUGGUUUUGACAGAGUUAAAGGCCGAUCGAAGGAGUGCAGUUACUGUGGGAAAACCUUCAGAUCCAGCUACUACCUCACUGUUCACCUCAGGACUCACACAGGUGAAAAGCCAUUUAAAUGUGCUUACUGUGACUACGCUGCUGCUCAGAAGACUUCACUCAAAUACCACCUGGACAGAAGGCAUAAAGACAAACCCUAUAUCGAAGUCCCCAUUCGCCCAGCGUCUGCCUCCUCCUCCUCUCUGCCCUCCCCCUCCGACCUCAAACUGGAGCCGGACAGCGAAAACUCCUCCUCCCCUACCAAACUAUGGAUACACGACUCCAAAAUUUACCAAAACGAGGCGAAAUUUGACCCCGGUUUGUUAGUCAAUUCCAAGCUUAACAAACCGCUCAUUCACAGCGAUGGCGAGUUUUCCAAAUUGAUGACCAAAUGCGCCGAUGACCUCCCGAUACCUGUGAAUCUGAAGAUAGAAAAACGUGAAAUAAAAGAUGAAAAUUAUGACGAUACGCCGCUGAAUCUGUCUUUAAAGGUUUCACUGUCGAUUUCAGCCGAGCCUAGAAAAGCGUCAAUUCCAAGUGCAUGUUCACAGUGUGCAUUUAAAACAAUUUACCCAGAGGUGCUGAUUAUUCACAACAAUCUGGCGCACAAAGAUAAGACGGAUAACACGAGAAGGCCAGUGAUUUCCAGGCUGAAAAGGCAUACUGGUUGCCCGCCAGCGUUGGAUGGGAAAGACGUCGCCCCGUUGCCGAUGAUUUCCCUAAGUCAUCCGAGAAGAACCAAAUCGCCGACGCCUUUGCCUUCAAAACCGCAAGAAAAAACGGCCGCGAACAAGACCAUGUCGGCGCCUAAACAGUCUCCAAUGCGAGAAAGUGAAAGCCAGAAAUUCAGGCAAAAUUUUGAGCAACAAACGAACAACCAAGAAAGUAGGUUUACAGAGGUGAUGAGAAAAGGUACAGGUGCGGCAAAGUAUGUACUAGAGAUGCAGACGCCACCGCCAGAUAGAAUAGGGAUAGGCGACAGGAGUUACCCAGUGAGAAAUGGCAUAGUCUGGCCUACCGAAUCGUCACGGAUGUGUCUCUCAAGUCGGUUCGGUAACCUACCUCACAUGGAUUUAGGCGAACCGUCCAACAAAAGGUUAAAAUUCAACACCAUGAGUCAAAGUAGGGAAGUAGAUGUGAGUGGAGAGAAGGGGAGUUUCAGGAAUAUGUCUUCGGAAAUGUCUAAUCGGUCACUCGUAGCAGGGAGGGGGAGUCUACCCAGUGUGCCCUCUUCUGGCCAGGACGCGCUGGGGGCGGUGAAGAGCUCCUCCGUGGCACUAGGGGGCGCUCUGGACUCGGAGUGGGGCACGAUGAACCUGCUGCGCUCCUGUACGCUCAAUGAUCUGGCUUCACUGUAUCACACCUCACCCGGCAACCCUCCCAGACCAGGGGGCAGGACUGUGCUGUACCAACACUUGCCCACGUUGCCAAGCCUCCCACGGAGAGAAUCCACCGGACCAUUCCCAAACCAGCGCUAUGGCAACAUGGACAAAAGUGCCUAAAUAUGACUUUCAAAUGUUUAAAAAGGUAAAACUUGAAUAUAACGCUUAAAGGACACUGGAGUUUACAACCAUCUGCCUAAAAAAACAAAAACUUUUCCUUCAAACUUUCAAAUAUGAGUCAAGUUUGACAGAUACAAAGCUUUAGUUCACUUUUCAAUGAGCUGCUAUCUUCUUUUGUUAAUGGAGACUUGGUUUAAAUGUGUUGUAGAAAUAGCAGUGUUUUGUUUUGUCAGUGGGUCACUGAGUUUUCAUUUGGUUGCAUUUAUCUGGACUAAAAAUCCUCUUUAGAAAUGUGACUUGUAUAUUUGUGCACUAAAAUCCCAUGCAUUCAUUUGUAUCUGGGCCAAAGUAUUGUCAGAGUAUUGUGACAGUUUGGGCAGUGUCCAGGUUUGACGUGUUCAUAUUAAAGGUCAAUGAUAGAAAAUAUUAAAACUUCGUAUAAAUUUUCUGUGUAACAAAAUUCAGAUAUUCGCGGUAAAAUUACUUGAGUACAAAAUAUAUCCAAAUUUGGGUAGUGUUAACUUAAUUUAUUGAGUUACUGGACCUUAUUUGCUAUUUGGUAUUUUUUUUGAUAGUUUCAAUAUACUUUUUCCUUAUUUCAGCAAACUCUUUGAAUUUAGUUUUGGGCUGUUUUGACAUCAAAUUGACCUGAAGUGUAGGGAUGCACCAAUCCAGCCAUUUCACUUUUGAUACCGAUUCUCUACCGAUACUGUAGCUUUGAGUAUUUGCCGAUCAACUGAUACAGGUCAGAGACUGAAAACAGCAUUAUUUUCUUCAAAAAAUAAGACAAAACUGAUCCAGAUGUGUUCUGUAGGCAUUAUUCAUCCCUCAAGUAAGUGCAGGACAGCUUUGUGUGAAUACAAAUUUAAACAUAUGAGACUUUCUGGGCUAUGACCAAUAAAUGACUUGACAUACAUAUAUUUAUAUGUCCAAACUGGAUUUUAUAUUGUCUUUCAAAUGUCAUUUCAGUCAAUAGUGUUGGUAUCGAUAUCCAAUACCAGUAUCGGAUCAGUGCAUCCCUACUAAAGUAUAUUUUGACUAAUAUAAAAUGUACUUGAAAUGAGUGCAAAAAACACUACUGAUUAAAAAAAAAUGUCAUUCAAAUUAUAGUCCAGAUGUGUUAAGAUUUCAUUUUUCUUAUUAUUUCAAAAAUUUCUUCCAUUUGCAUCAUUUUUGUUUUUAAUUUUAAUUUUUUUUUUUUUACAUUAAAGGUGCACUGCGUAACUUUUCUGGUGAGCGGUGUGCCAACUGCUUGAGUUCACGGAGAUGUCCCUCAGUACGGCAUUAAACUUGUCAACAUAUAUUCAAUUACAGAUGAUACUGCUCAAAAAUAUUGGUCAAAAAUACCGUAAUAAUAAACAUUUGUUCUUACUUUGAGCUGGCUCGCCUCUCCGCAGAUCUGACUUGGCAUUGUGCUAACUGCUUGGACCGUGGAGAUAAAUGAGUUUAAUGCCAUAUUGUGGAACAUUUCAUGGAGAUCAGCAGGUGACGAACUUUCCACCUGUAAAGUUUCAUAGUGAAGUGUAUUUUUUUACGCGAAACAAAAGGAAAAUUAAACCUACAACAAAUAUUCAAACUAAUCUACUACUCAAAUUCUCAAAUAUUCUACAUUCAAGUAAUUUUAACCCUAAAUUUAUAAUAACUGAAUGCAGAAAGUAGUACAAUGUAUAUGUAUAUUGAUUUCCAUAGCACUAAGGGGCAGGGAUUCCAAUAUUCUCUAAAAGCACAUGAUGUAAAAUGAUUUGUGUUUUCUUUGGUCUACCUCAUACUGGUGCUCGAGACACUGACUCGUGGUAUUCGCUGAGAUAUUUGUCAGUUUUUUGGUGCGCGCUUGGCUUAUUUCCAAACGCAUAACCAGGGUUGAGAAUCGAAAGGGUUUUAGUGAAAUUACAAAAGCCAAAAGUAAAUAACAAUUUGAUUUACUAUGUCCUGAUCGCUUAACAUCUUUCCAGACUCAGUUAUUCUAAAAAUUCUUAAAAAUGAAAGUUCAAAUUGUUGCAAAAAUUUAAGGUGUAACUUUUUAUUUGUGUCUAUGAUUAUGUCAUUGCUCUGCCUGGAAUGUUGCACAGUGUGACAUUUAACAGCUCUACCUUAAAUUUAUUCAAUUACAUGUGGUUUUAGAAGGUAUUAAUGCCAUAUUGUGAAACAUUCCAGACAAAGCAAUAACAUUUUCAUGAAGAAAAGCAUGACCAGAAAAGUUACACAACGCACAUUUAAAGUUAAAACUGUUGCUUCGAUUCACCUUUUUCUUUCCUAAUUUUCCAAAGUCCUGUUCCGAAAUCAUUUUUUUGGAUCGAUUUAUCAAUUCCUAAAUGCAAUAUGUGAGUUGUAUCCCAAUUUUCUGACAUUGGGACAUUGAAAUUUGCUCAACAAGAUUUCAUUUUAUAGAUUUCCACGUUUACCCUUUCGAUUCACAACCUUUUAGUCUCAAAUCUACGUGGUUGUUUCAUAUGUGGCCACUAGAGGGCUUUUGUAUUACUUUUCAAGGCUGUAUUUGCUUUUACGCUCAGGGUAAUUGGACGUCGACAGUAGCAGCAGACGUGGACUUUCAACUGUGUCUGAAAUGCAAGAGAUGUUCCAAAUGAAAUGUGUAAAAACAGAAUUUGAGCGACAGUCUUAGUUGGAAAUUGUCUAUAAUAGAGCUGCACAAUUUUGGGGGAAAAAAAUCUGAAUUUUCUGACAAAUAUUGCGAAUUAAAUAGUAGAUUCUGAUACCUAAAAUAUAAUUGCAGUUUUUUAUGUUUGGACAAUUUUGCCUCGACUCAAAUUGUAAUUUCGAUUUUCGAUAUUUUGUGCAACUUUAAACUUCUAUGCAGCGUCUGGUUUUCGAGACUUUUGUAUGUUUCUCUGUGUACAAGGACGGAAGCAGCUAUUUGAGUUAAAGAUGCACUGCGGAACUUUUCUCGUCUGUGGUCUUCUUUUGAGAUGUUAUUAUAGCUUUGUCUGGAAUGUUCCACGGUAAGGCAUUAAACUGAACUGCACAGCUUGUGUUUAUUGAAUUACAGGUGUUUUUAUAGCUCAAAAAUACCUCGAAAAACAUGUAUUCUUACUGUGAUUGAGCUCGCCUCUCCGCAGAUCUAAGUUGUAAUUUAACCUUUCGGUGGCGUGUGCUUGUAUUUAUGGAUUUAGAAGUUUAAUGCCAUCGUGAGUGAGCUGCUUCUUCACAGAUCUGACCCGUAACUUGGCCUUGGCGGAUGCAGAGGUACACCACCCAACAUUUAACGUCUCCACGGACACGAGCGGGCCCCGAAAUGUCCCGCAGUGCGUCUUUAACGGCUGGUUUAACACUGUGAACUAAACCUCAGUUCUCCUCAGGUUUCCACGACGAGCUCUUUAAAAGCCUGAUGAUAAAAUAUUUUUGCCACGUGGUUUGGCUCUGGUUAAGUUAUUAAUUUUCUUUUCUGUGAUACUCUGUUACGUGUACAUCUGUAAACACGAUGAUAUUGUUUAAGAUUUGUAUUUCACAUUUCAAUAAUAAAAUAUGAGUAUGAUAUUAA